UUCUGCCGAGCCCCGAAAAUUGAGGACGGCAGUAAGUGACUCCCUGAUCUCGACUGCUUGAUCUGGAAGCAGGAAAGCGAGAGGAGGCACCGUGCUCCUUACAUGAGAGGACACAUUUUCCGACUGCCUAGCCAAUCUAGAUUCUUCUUCCUAGCUUCUUCGGAAUGAGGAAACGGUGCCACAAACUGCAGACAGCCCCACCUCUUCCGGGGGAUAGGCACGUGAUACCGGAAGUGGGUGGAGUAAUAUGAAGGUGCUUCCGGCAGACCCCGGCGGCUGAAAGCCGGGGCAGAAGUGGUGGUCGGGUUCAAAAACAUUCCUGUCCCGGUCCCGCCGAGGCGGCGACUGUGGUGAGAAGAAGGAGGUGUUGGACGUGCUGGCCUUUCGCCGCUGUACAUUACAGCCUCAUUCAGCUCAAAAUGAACUAUAUGCCCGGCACCGCCAGCCUCAUCGAGGACAUCGACAAAAAGCACUUGGUCCUACUUCGAGAUGGAAGGACACUUAUAGGCUUUUUAAGAAGUAUUGAUCAAUUUGCUAACUUAGUGCUACAUCAGACUGUGGAGCGUAUUCAUGUGGGCAAAAAAUACGGUGAUAUUCCUCGAGGAAUUUUUGUGGUCAGAGGAGAAAAUGUGGUCCUACUAGGAGAAAUAGACUUGGAAAAGGAGAGUGAUACACCCCUCCAGCAAGUGUCUAUUGAAGAAAUCUUAGAAGAACAGAGGGUGGAACAACAGACCAAGCUAGAAGCAGAGAAGCUGAAAGUUCAAGCCCUUAAAGAUCGGGGUCUGUCAAUUCCUCGAGCAGAUACUCUUGAUGAGUAUUAAGUCAUUGCUCAGAAGCUAUUGCUUUGGAGAAUAGGGACUGUCACUGAAUGAAAGUGACAUCUUGGUCACCUCAUUUGAACAGACUGUAGAGUUUUGAAAAAUUGUUUUUAUUUUUAAUUCUUUCACAUAUGCAACAUGAAGAAAUCAUGUGGGUUUUUGUUUUUUGUUUUAUUUUUGUUUUUGUUUUUGUUUUUUUUAGUAACAAUCAUUGUUUAAAGAAAGAGUGGCAUGGACUCCUUUCACACAUACGUCACUGUGGAGCCAGCAACCACGUCUUUAUAUUGCUUUUUAUAUCCCAAAUUAGAGUUUACAGAGGACAUUUUUCAUUGACUUGUAAAUAAAAUAUGAAUCUCAGAA